AUGUCAAUGAAAAGUGCAAAGGGAGGACCAGAAAGUAGACCAUCCUCUGCUGCCAGCUCAAAGUCAGAGUCCCCCCCGGCCCAUGGGAAGGGCUCUCGGGAGGAGGAGGCAUGUCGGCACGGUAAAAGGAGCCUCAGCAACAGCUCGGUGGUGGCCGCUGCCUACAUUUCCUUCCUCAAUAAACUCUUUGGACAGGAGAGAGAGCUGAUGCCAGAGGAGUUAGAUGAGCUCCAGGAGGCCUUUAAGGAAUUCGACUACGAUGCGGAUGGCUUCAUCCAUUACAAAGACAUCGCAGACUGCAUGAGGACCAUGGGCUACAUGCCUACAGAGAUGGAGAUUAUAGAAAUCAUCCAGCAAAUCAAGAUGAAAUGGGGUGGUCAUGUGGACUUUGAUGAUUUCUGCGAGUUAAUGGGGCCGAGGAUGCUGGCUGAGACGGCUCAUAUGGUCGGGCUGAAGGAGCUCCGCUGUGCCUUCAAACAGUUUGACUGUGAUGGUGAUGGAAAGAUCACACUUGAUGAGCUGAAGGAGGGCAUGAAGACCCUCCUGGGGGAGAAGCUGAAGAAAGGCGAGCUGGAGGAGAUCCUCAGCGACAUUGACCUCAACAAAGACGGCAACAUUGACUUUGAUGAGUUUGUUAUGAUGCUUUCUGCACGAUGA